GCUUUCCUGUUGCAUCUUUGCUACCAUUUCCUAGACCUUGCUCCAUGAUUUAACUUGAAAUUCUGAAAUGAAGAUGGAGGAGGCAGUGGGAAAAGUAGAAGAGCUCAUUGAGCCUGAAGUCCCAACAAAAACAUCUGAACAAGAAACAGCCAAGGAGAAAGAUGGAUCUGCAGAACUGGAACCUCAAGUUCAAAAAGAUGGUGUAGCAGAUUCUACAGUUCUUUCUUCCAUGCCCUGCUUAUUGAUGGAACUGAGAAGAGAUUCUUCUGAGUCUCAGUUAGCCUCCACAGAGAGCGACAAGCCAACAACUGGCCGAGUUUAUGAGAGUGACUCCUCUAAUCAUUGCAUGCUUUCCCCUUCCUCUAGUGGUCACCUGGCUGAUUCAGAUACAUUAUCUUCUGCAGAAGAGAAUGAACCCUCCCAGGCAGAAACAGCAGUAGAAGGUGACCCUUCAGGAGUGUCUAGUGCCACAGUUGGGCGCAAGUCUAGGCGGUCCCGUUCUGAAAGUGAAACGUCUACCAUGGCUGCCAAGAAAAACCGGCAAUCCAGUGAUAAACAGAAUGGCCGAGUCACCAAGGUUAAAGGUCAUCGGAGCCAAAAGCACAAGGAGAGGAUCAGACUACUGAGGCAGAAACGGGAGGCUGCUGCGAGGAAGAAGUACAACCUGCUUCAGGACAGCAGUACCAGUGAUAGUGACCUGACUUGUGACUCAAGCACGAGCUCAUCAGAUGACGAUGAAGAGGUUUCAGGGAGCAGCAAGACAAUCACUGCAGAGAUACCAGAUGGACCUCCAGUUGUAGCUCAUUAUGAUAUAUCUGACACCAGCUCUGACCCUGAAGUGGUAAAUGUGGACAAUUUAUUGGCGGCUGCAGUAGUUCAAGAGCACACUAAUUCUGUAGGCGGCCAGGACACAGGAGCUACCUGGAGGACCAGCGGGCUUCUAGAGGAGCUGAAGGCAGAGGCAGGUCAUUUGGAUCCAGGGUUCCUAGCAGGUGACAAAACAUCUACUGGCGAUGCACCACUUAAUGAAGAAAUUAAUAUUGCCUCUUCAGAUAGUGAAGUAGAGAUUGUGGGUGUUCAAGAACAUGCAAGGUGUGUUCAUCCUCGAGGGGGUGUGAUUCAGAGUGUUUCUUCGUGGAAGCACGGCUCUGGCACACAGUAUGUUAGCACCCGGCAAACACAGUCAUGGACUACUGUGACUCCCCAGCAGACUUGGGCUUCACCAGCAGAAGUUGUUGACCUCACCUUGGAUGAGGAUAACAGACGUAAAUACCUACUGUAAUACCAUGUCACUGUGUUUCCUCUGCACUGUUCCCUUCCACUUCCCCCUCCUCUUUGUGACACGGAAGUUCAUUGUCAUAGCUUCAGCUUCAGAAGCUCUUUGUGGCAUUUGUAGAAUUGAAACUCAUGGAACCUCCCCUCCUUUUUUUUUUUUUAAUCAAAAAAGUAAUUUAGGAAAAGGACAUCACAGUAAAAACAAUUUCUUCUUUCCUUCAGUAGGAAUAUGAGAAUGAUGACUAUUACUUGGUGACUUUUAAUCUUAGGAAAGUCGCCUUACUUUUAGAAUAGUAUUUUAACUACCAAGUAAAGUGGAUUUCAGUUUUUGAAUCUUGUAUUUAUUUUUCUGUAUAAUGAAAUUAAUAUCUAGACUUGACCACUAUUCGCCCACCUCAUUGUCACUCCCGCCUUGGGGCAUUCGCACACAUAUCAGUGAGGUCCUUUAGUGGCACCUGGUAGGGCAUGUACAUUUAAAAACCUUUCUUUAAAAAUAGAAGACAAAAAUAUUACAAGUAUUUUUUUCUUUUAGCUUGAAUCUUCUGCUUUCCUUCUUGACUUGCUCCUAGUUGACUUUCCACACCACAAAUAAUUGACAUGCCCUUUGUGUUUAUAAAUACUACUAAGUGACUUACUUGGUCUUCUUGUUGCAAUAAUUUUUAACUCUUUGGAAAAUGUUUUCUUUGGAGCAGAGGCAUUUUGGAUAGAUGCUUACCAUAAGGUUUUCUGGGCAUCUGAAGUGUGUUCUGAAAGAUAUGUGGAAGAAUCUCUCCCUCAGCUUUUUCCCCUGGUCUGUUCAAAAAACGGGAGAGCAUUAAAACCUCUUACUUAGGAAACAUAUGAAAAAUUGCAUGGCGUUUAAUUAAGUAUAAAGGCGCUUGGAAAUUGGAGAGGAAAGUGCUUUCUUCACAGCUGGUGUCUCCAGAAGGGGUAUAUAAUAACUAACACCUCAGCUGAACUGGACCUGAUGUUCUGUUUGGGUAUUUUUCUCCCGUACCUUCUAAAAAAAAAAAAA